AUGGGCGUUUCCAAAUCGGACCCGAUCAUUAUUGUUGGCGGAGGCGCCUUCGGCCUGUCCACAGCCCUUCAUCUCUCGCAGAAGGGCUACACCGAUCUGUCAGUUUUCGAGAAAGAUGACCACAUCCCUCCUCGCUACUCGGCAGCCAAUGACUUGAACAAGAUCGUGCGGGCCGAAUAUGAAGAUCCAUUCUACACGGACUUGACCAUUAAAGCAAUGGAUGCCUGGAAAACUCCCCUCUUUGCGCCGCAUUUCCACCAGACAGGCUUUCUUCACUGUGUAUCAGGACAAGCGCCAGAGCAAGCCGCUGAGACCCUAAAGCGAUUCCGGGCCUCGGCCGAGCGCAACCCGGCAAUUAAACCCCAUGUGGUCCCUCUCGAAGGAAGAGAGGAUAUCCGCCAAGCCUGCUGGCAACUCGACGGCUCCUUGUCAGGGUGGAACGGUUACCUAAACCGCUUCGAUGGGUACGCGCAUUCCGCGAAUGCCCUAGUAGCCGUGUAUCGCACAGCACAAGUGGCAGGUGUGCGUUUCUUUUUGGGAGAACAAGGCGCCGUCGACGAAGUGGUGUACGUGAGCACAGCCACCGGCAAGAAGACCGCGGGAGUGCGGACGAAGAACGGCCGGUUCCAUCCCUCGGCUCUGGUCAUUGUGGCGGCCGGUGCGGGAGCAGGACGCUUGCUGCCUGAGCUUGGCCAGCAGGUCGUGGCCAAGUCGUGGUCUGUUGCGCAUGUUCAUCUCUCGGACGAAGAGACAUCUGCGCUGCGAGGUAUUCCGAUUGUGUAUGCGCGGGACCUGGGGUUCUACUUUGAGCCGGACCCAAAAACAAAUCUGCUCAAGCUGUGUCCCAUGGGAGGCGGUUAUAUCAACACGGAUGCCAGGACGGGGGUAUCGCAUGCGCCAGGAUCUCUUGCGGAUAGCAGCUUCAUGCCUGAGCAUGACGAGCGAAAGGUCCGGGAACUGCUGGCGCAGACGUUGCCGGCUUUGAAGGAUCGCCCACUGGUCAAAAAGUCUCUGUGUUGGUUUGCCGAUACCAAAGACUCAGACUUUAUCGUGGAUUAUGUGCCUCAGACUGAGUCGUCGAUUGUACUGUUGUCGGGAGACUCGGGCCACGGCUUCAAGAUGUUUCCCAUUGUGGGGUCUUGGGUCACGAAUCUUCUGGAGGGACCCGGCCGCCAGCAGUCUAUUGCGCGGUGGAGAUGGAAGGGCCCUCAGAAGAGUGAAGAGAAGGCUGACUGGGGAGGUGCGGUGAGCUGGCGUCUUGGGGAGUCGAAAGAAUUGAGGGAUAUACUCCCUGCGAGGGCUUCGAAGCUGUAG